AUGGAGACUGAAAGGAUGAUAGAAGACACGAUACCACCACAGGUGACGUCGCUAACAUGCCUGGACACGGGUGUGCGGCCGGCGCCGAGCAGCGCGGCGUACGCGGCGGAAAGAGACGCCUGCCUCAACUACUUCGCGCGGUGGAGCGAGACAGACCAGGUUGAAUUCGUGGAACAGUUGUUGGCCCGCAUGUGCCACUACCAACACGGCCACAUAAAUGCCUACCUCAAACCUAUGCUGCAGAGGGAUUUCAUCAGUAUGUUGCCCAAGAAAGGCCUCGACCACGUAGCGGAGAACAUACUGUCGUACUUGGACGCGAGCUCUCUCUGCGCGGCCGAGUUGGUUUGCCGCGAAUGGCAGCGCGUCAUAUCUGAGGGGAUGCUGUGGAAGAAGCUCGUCGAGAGGAAGGUCAGGACCGACUCGCUGUGGCGCGGGCUGGCAGAGAGGAGGGGAUGGAUCCAAUAUUUAUUCAAGCCGAAGCCGGGCUGUCAGCACCCUUCCCACUCGUUCUAUCGACAGCUGUACCCCAAGAUCAUACAGGACAUCCGCUCCAUAGAGGACAACUGGAGAAUGGGCAGGCACAACUUGCAGAGGAUAAACUGCAGAUCGGAGAACUCGAAGGGCGUAUAUUGCCUGCAGUACGACGACAACAAAAUUGUGUCCGGCCUCCGGGACAACACCAUCAAGAUAUGGGACAGAAAAACGUUGCAGUGUAUGAAGGAGCUCCAAGGGCACACGGGUUCCGUACUAUGCCUGCAGUACGACGAGCGGGCCAUAAUAUCGGGUUCCUCCGACAGUACGGUCCGGGUGUGGGACGUUUGUACGGGGGCCAUGCUCAACACUUUAAUACACCACUGCGAGGCAGUGCUGCAUCUCAGAUUCUGCAACGGGAUGAUGGUUACUUGCAGUAAGGACCGUUCAAUAGCCGUAUGGGACAUGACCUCCACCACGGAGAUCAAUCUGCGGCGAGUUCUGGUCGGCCAUCGCGCCGCCGUCAACGUCGUCGACUUCGACGAGAAAUAUAUCGUCAGUGCCAGCGGGGAUAGGACUAUCAAAGUAUGGAACACUUCAUCUUGUGAAUUCGUGCGCACAUUAAACGGACACAAGCGAGGCAUUGCCUGCCUUCAGUACCGGGACAGACUGGUGGUGUCUGGUUCAUCGGACAACACUAUCCGUCUGUGGGACAUAGAGUGCGGACAGUGCAUACGAGUGUUGGAGGGACAUGAGGAAUUGGUGCGGUGCAUACGUUUCGACAAUAAGCGGAUAGUCAGCGGCGCGUACGACGGCAAGAUUAAAGUAUGGGAUUUACCCGCGGCACUCGAUGUUCGCACUCCACAUCAGGAACUGUGCCUAAGGACGCUAGUGGAACACACCGGCCGAGUGUUCCGCCUCCAAUUCGACGAGUUUCAAAUCGUGUCGUCAUCUCACGACGACACGAUUCUAGUGUGGGACUUCCUCAACUACGGGGGCGCCUCCCCGGCCGCCGCGCCCGCGCCGCACCCGCGCCCGCGCACCCCAGACCACGACAGGGACCUCUAUGACUAG